CGAACGUGACGUGAUUUACAGAAAACUGCGUUCAGGAAAACUCCUUCAAGGUGCCACGGACACUGUUUGUUUCAAGGGAGAUGGAAAGCCUGCUGUAUGAAUGAAGUUAAUCAAUUUCUGUUGGAGAAAUGGGGAAGUAUUGCUGUGGAUGUUGCACCUACUUCUUGACUGAAGAUGAGAGGAACGCCAUCGCCAUAAAUAAGGAAAUCCAACAUAUCCUUGCAGAGCAGAGGAAAAAAGAACGGAAAGAAAUCAAGUUGCUUUUAUUAGGCACGGGAGAAAGUGGAAAGACAACGUUUACGAAGCAAAUGAGGAUUAUUCAUGGCAAGGACUUCUCAACUGACGAGAAGCGUAGCUACACUAAACUGGUUUUCCAGAAUAUCUUACAAGCUAUGAGUGCAAUAACAGAAGCCAUGAACACGCUAAAGAUUCCCUACUCCAACCCACAGAACGAGGUUUAUGCCCAGUGGUUCAAGGAUUUGGACAUACAUCAGAUAACACAGCUGCAGAGAAAUUACGUAGAGGCUAUUCGUCACCUAUGGGAAGACCAAGGCGUUAAGAUCUGCUAUGGACGGCGCAGAGAGUAUCAGCUACUAGACUCCACUAAGUACUUUAUUGGUGACUUGGAUCGCAUCACAGCCGAAGGCUACAUCCCAACAAAUCAAGAUAUUCUUCAAGUCCGAUUCCCCACUUCCGGCAUCAUAGACUAUUGCUUUGAAUUGGAGAAGAUGACUCUCAGGAUUGUAGAUGUCGGUGGUCAGAGAGGACAGAGAAAGAAGUGGAUCCAUUGCUUUGAAAAUGUGACAUCGCUCAUAUUUCUAGCCUCCAUGAGCGAGUACGACCAACUUCUGGAGGAGAAUAACAAGGAUAACCGUAUGAAGGAGAGCUUGUCACUGUUCUACACGACCAUCCACUCAAAGUGGUUUGCUAAUUCCUCUGUCAUCCUGUUCCUGAACAAAAAGGACAUCCUGGCUGAAAAGAUUCAGCUCUCAGAUCUAAAAACAUACUUUCCAGAAUUUAAAGGUAAACGUCGGGACGUUCAAGAUGCCAUGGAUUUCAUCAGAAGUUUAUAUAUACAGAAUGCAGUUUCCAAAGAGACAAAGAGCUCCAAACAAAUCUACUUGCACUUCACCUGCGCCACGGACACCAAAAACAUCCGCAAAGUCUUCUCCGACGUCAAAGACACUGUCCUUGUCAAGGUCUUAAACGAUUUUGGAGUUAUCUAAUGAGCCCUAAAUGCACCUUCAGUUUGCAUACUCAUCAGCCAAAUGAAUGUGUUAUCAUUAUUUAUUGCUCAACUACCAAGACGUUUGUGGGUGCGAGUUCUAAAACAGUAAUCAAAAUAAAGAUGAAAAACCGCACUCUCUAUGGUUGCAUCUCAUAUAUAUUUAUUAUACUAUGUCCACACAGACGCGUUUCAGCCUAAGCCAUCAUCAGUGAGUGUGUGGUGUGAAACAACAAAGAAAUUGCUUUUAAACAUCACAGGUGAACCCCAUUAACAUCCAAUCAGCAAAGUCAUGUGCAAGUUACCAACAUAAAGACACACAAAGAGUAACAACAAAACAAACCGCUCACAUGUAACCCUUAUAAACAAUUACAAAAAUAAAUAACAAAAAGGAAAAGUAUAA